AUGCCCGGUAACAGUAACACCCUCGGAUUGCGGGAGAUGUUUCGUUUUCGGUCGAUGCAGCGUCAUCGAAGAAGGCGAGAAGAGAGAACUGAAGUGCCAACGGAGGCUGAUGAAGCAGAUUCGAAGAAAACCCCUCUUUCUCCAUUGCCAGUUUUUCGUGUUCAGUGUGAUCCAUCUUUUGAUGCAGAAGAUUUUGAAUUAGACCUUUACCGUGUGCGCAGUUUCAAAAGAACAUCAAAAGGAUUGAUCAGCUUACAUAUCCCAUUUUUGGUUUGUUUACAGGGAGAUAGUUUUCGUUCGCGCAGUACCUCCAACUGUAGCCAUCUCUUUCAAUCUUCACGUUGUUCAACAACUAGUGCGCAAACGUCUAUAGGAUGCUCUUCAGUAGAUUUAGCAACCCAGAUGGAGUCUCUAGCUCUUAGAGGGCACUGUGAUGACUUCUCCACAGCCAGAAAAUACACUACCUUCAAAGGCGAGACGUCAGGCCACAAUUUGACUCCUGCGGUUACACUUUGUCCUCCUUCACCCUGCAGCUCACUCAAUAACACGGCGCCAGUCAAAGUGCAAAUACUCGGUGGGCCAACGGUAGGCAAGACCACUCUCUGUCGUCAAUUUCUAACAGCAGAAUUCAUGGGUGGUAGAACAGAGUCCUUUUCCGAGGACAGUAUUGAGCGAUUUGUGGUGAUCGAAGUGGAUGGCUGGAACAGGAGCCUCAUGCUCAUCGACAACAUUCGAGAAGAGGCCUCGGCAGACGUCUCGUCGACGGAAGCCGGCGCCUCGCUGUCGGGCCCCUUCUGCAACAUCGAAAUUCCAUCAUCUCUGUUAAGUGAAGCAAUGCCGAGACACAGACCAAUGUCCUUCAACUGUCCCACCAUUUCAAAUAUCACCAGAGGGGAUACAUGUGUUCCGCAGACAGGAUCAAGCCUUAGCAGUUUUAAGCCAGAUGACACAUCUUUUGACAAGAAAGCUCAGUCUGAGGCAAGCAUCCAGAUUUAUUUCUGCCUUAUUAAGACUUUUAAGUAA